AUGCCGGUCUCCCAAGUACCGCCACAAGAGUCGCUCUGGACUCGCCUGGAUGAUGUAAAGCGUCCCCGGGAAUCCUACCUGGAGCAUAAGAAGUUCUUCCCCACUAAGACCUUGCUCCGUCUCAUCGACGAGGAAACUGUCGAACGGGAGCUCUCCCGGCUUCCACCAGACAAUCCCCUUGCGCGAAACGCAAAGCAGACUGCGAAAAGAAUUUGCGACGCUGAGGAGCCGUAUCAACGGAUAUUUGCAAUCUUGACUUACAUAGAGAAGCUGUACGCACUCAACGGGUUCCUCGAAGAGGAGGUUACCGAUAAGGACCUCCCUCUUACGAAACGGAAACAUGACGGCAAGGGAACAUUUGACUUCGUCCGCAACGGAACGAGAUUGAGGUGCUUUGGCAGCUUCAGUGACUAUUACCACCGAUGUUUUGACCAGACCCAGUGGAAGGUGCUGGCACCCGUCUUCCAGCGCCCCAAGAACGGGGAGGUCCAGCAUCUCGAGCUCCAAGAGCAAGCUAUUCUUCCGUUCGAGGUUGAAGAAGAAGGUCCAACGGGCGGCUACGGGAGCAUCUUGAAAGUCAGGAUACAUCCAGAGCACCACAACUUCGACACUUCUGAGUUCGCCAUAAAACGUCUCCCUUCCCAAGACGAACUGGAGAAAAAGGCUUGCGAGGCAGAGCUGAAAAUGCUCUCCAGUUUCUCUGACAACAGCCAUCCGAACCUGAUAUCGGUCUUGGCGGCCUAUACGCACCUCGGGUUCUUCCAUCUCAUUUUCGAAUGGGGGGAAGCCGAUCUGCUCAAGUUUUGGAAAGAGGUGAAGCCGAACCCGAUCUUCAACAAGGACGAAGUGCUUUGGGUAGCAGAACAGAGCAAGGGCCUGGCCGAUGGCCUGCUGCGAGUACACCAAUACGGGCAUGGUCUCCCACGUGAACAACCCAAAAGCGAAAUGAGCAUGGUUGCGGUAACGGACAACUCCUCGGCCUCCAACCCCACCAUCAAGAUCACACCGAGCGACUCAAUCGAGAUCCCCAAAAACCCGUCUCAAAUAACCUUGUACGGCCGUCAUGGAGAUAUAAAACCGUCCAACAUCCUGUGGUUCAAAUCCACGGGAAUGCUUGUUCUGACCGAUUUUGGCCUGGCCGAGUUUCAUACAAUACUCAGUCGGUCGGGUCUGCCUAGGACCGGCCUUGGUGUGUCGCCCGACUAUCGCCCUCCCGAGAUGGACGUAGAUGGAGGGAGCGUCAGCCGGUCAUACGACAUCUGGUCAUUGGGUUGCGUUUACCUCGAACUCAUUGCCUGGCUUCUCGGGGGCUAUAAGCUCGUGCAGCAGUUCAAGGCUGAAAGGACCCCCGGGGCUAAUGUCGUCAACGGCCAAAAGUCUGCCCCCUUUUUUGAGCUCUACCUUGGCGGGGAAUCAGCUAAGGUUAAGGGUUCCGUCACGAAUUUCAUCAAGGUUCUACACGCUCACCGAAACUGUUCUGCGUAUCUCCACGACUUUUUGGAUCUGAUCCAAACCCGUAUGCUGCUCAUCGAGUCGGAUCCUGUGCUCUCUGACAAGCGAAUCACGUGUGGAGAGCUCCGGAAUAGGCUUGAAGGGAUGCGCGCAAAGUGCGAUGACGAUCCAAAAUAUGCGUCCACACCGGCUCCAAGGUCGUGAAAUUGCAUUGGCUGAGGUUCUGAACAGGAAGAUCGAGGGCAUCCGGGCAUGCCACCAGGAGGGGUACUAUUCUGAAGGGCUUUGGGUUCUAUCCGAGGUUAUUGGCUAUUUCCGGUUGCUUUUCUCUAUACAUUUCGGUGUUGUAGCAGGCGUGCAUUUCAACAAUGUAUGUUUUGACUGUACUCUGGGUAGGCCUUUUGCAAGGUAUCACGGGGUAGCUCAACUCAAUCCCACCGCGUGUUUCUAGACAGGUACCUUACUCAAUGCGGCCCG